UCUUCAUCUGCGUGGCAGUUUUUGUAUCAGGCACACUUUAAAGCUUCAAUGCCUACUCCGAUUUGUCUUCUGUGCCUUUGCUGCACGUGGCCAUGGUGAGCGCAGUUCGAAGGAGGCGUAGUCACUGCUCCAUGUCCUCUCCUAUAUAUUCUGUCUCGUCAAUGUUCCGUAAGACUCACGAACACCCAUGGAUGCCUAUUAUUCUCGCACACAGCCUACGAGGUCGCUGAAUAUAACUCGUGCCACAGCCAUGCCUGCAUACCGCGAGCACUGUAUUCGGUGCCAUAAAGACUUCUCAGCCAAUUACCCCUCGGCUUGCAUCGUACCCCACGUGUUUGACUCCCGCUGUGACCCACUUCGUCUUCACAGUGGAGAAUUUCAAUGGAUGUCUGAAUGUUGCGGAGGCUACGGUACCGUGACGGAGGAAGAACCAGGAAGUGGCAUCUUCCGCAUGAUGGAACUCACUGCCUGUUAUCGUGGCCCGCAUACGACGUACAAGGACGUUGUUCGACUCCAGUACAAUGGUGUGAGCAUCCUCAGAUGCAAACAAAACGGGUCAGGGAAAUGCAUUCGAAACUACUUGACGCAGAGAAAUAGACCCGUUUUCGCCAAGGAGGUGGUGUAUUGCGAUGGUGACGAACAAGACCAACACCAUGAUGGAUAGAGGCAGCUUGUGUAGCAUUUAGCGACUGAACGGACUAGAGGACAUAUGACUUUCUUGACAACCAGCUUUUUGCCUCUGUACACACCCUCGGAACUUGCAUUGCAGCCGAUGAUACGAUAAUCCAUAUAUCAUUACACGACAUCAACUUGUUUUUCGUCCGCUAUUAGAUGCCCACCAUUUUUGGCGCAACGUCUAUUGCUCCACAACGUUGCGCAAACAAAAAUUUAAUUCUUUGAC